GAUAGAUACGGUUUUAAAAAAAAAACCCAAUUUGUCUCUGAAGAUGAAUAUAACCAAUGGUGGAUCGAUUACGAAGUUUAUUUAUCAAGAAGGAAAAAAAAAUGGGAAAUAUUUAUGAAACAAAAUGGCUUAUCCUCCUAUAAAAAUGAUAACCCCAUUAGAUUUCCAACAAAAUCAAACAAAUUGAAAAAAUAUAUAAGAAAGGGUAUACCUGCUGAAUGGAGAGGUAAUGCCUGGUGGUUUUAUGCAAAAGGAAGUGAAAAACUAAAUGCUAAUAUCGGUUUAUACGAUAAAAUCAUUGAAAACACUCUCAACAUUAAAAAUCAAGAUACUGAGAUAAUAGAAAGAGAUUUAAACAGAACUUUUCCUGAUAAUCUGUACUUCAAAAAUGAUAAUUUUUUAAAUUUGACAAAUUUAAGUACCGAAACACCAUUGGUUCAAGCUUUGAGAAGGGUGUUGACAGCGUUUGCUGCCUACCAACCGCAAAUAGGUUAUUGUCAAUCAUUGAAUUUUAUCGCUGGCCUAUUAUUGAUUUUCAUGGAUGAGGAAAAAUCCUUUUGGAUGUUGGUUAUAAUAACAACAAAAUUAUUACCAGGAGUUCAUGAUGUGAAUUUGGAAGGCGUAAAUAUCGAUCAAGGCGUUUUAAUGCUAUGUUUAAAAGAGUAUUUGCCUAACAUUUGGGAAAAAAUAGGGUUCGAUUUCAAUGAACCUUCUGUCAACAAACAAUCGAAAAAAAAAACUGCUGAAGUUAAUGUCAGAAAAUUACCCCCAAUAACGUUAUGCACUGCCAGUUGGUUUAUGAGUUGUUUCAUUGGUAUUGUCCCAAUAGAAUCAACAUUAAGAAUAUGGGAUUGCUUUUUUUAUGAAGAAAGCAAAAUUUUUAUUAAAAUGGCAUUGACAAUAUUUAAGCUCUGUGAGCCCAAGAUUUUAAAAAUGAAAGAUGAAAUGGAGGUUUUUCAAUUGAUCCAAAACUAUCCAAAGAAAUUGAUUGAUGUGAACACCUUGUUUGACACUUGCUUCAAAAAGAGAAAUGGUUAUAAUCAUAUUUCUCAAGAUGAAAUCAAUCGAUGUCGAAAGUUUGUAAAAGACCAAAGAAGAAAGACCAAUAAUACUGGUUAUAUGUCUAGCAAAAACGGAAGUCUUAUUGAAAAUGGAGAUGUGAAUGGAAACGAAAGUUAUAAUAUUUUAACCAAAAAUGAGGAGCUUCUUAAAUUCACCCCAGAAAUAUAUGAUUUUAAGAAAAAUGGAUUGGUAGGUGUUCAUUGGAACCAUGCUUUAACGAAAAAAAUGAAGAAGCAAAUGAUUAAAAGGAAA